AUGAGCUCUGCUGCGGACCUCCCUGCCGGCGACGGCUCCUUGCGCCAGCGAACUGGUGUGGCCUCACAACCCGUCCUCUCCGCCGAGCACUCGGCCUCUAACCACCCUCUUGAAAAGGAGCCGACCCGUCCCGACGCCAACCAUGAUGCUCAACAACCUGGCGAACAUGACAAGCCCAGCAAGACCUACGGGCGGACUCCAGAUGGGACCGUCUUCAUCGUCCCCACCACCCACGACAUGGUCAGCCAACUCUUUGACCCCCGAGAGCCCAAGAACCUCUCCGAUGCUGUCGUCCUCGUGAUUCUCGCCCUGCACAUCCUGCUUGCCUAUGCCCUGCCCACCGAGCUCAAGAAGCCGGUCGUGGCCGCCGUCUUCAUCUUCUGGAGGGCAUCGUACAACCUUGGCAUCGGCGUCUUGCUCCAGGAACAGUCCAACGGUAAGCUGAUGGUGACGUGGGCCAAACGCUGGAGGCUGUUUGUGAACCCCUCCACCGGACAGCAGCCCAGGCCAUGGCUCUACAACAUGCUCAAGAAGGAGCUGGAGGCAAAGAUUCCCGAGGACUACAAGUUUGAGGACGCCCCGCUCGAGUACAAUACCUGGCUCGUCUUCCGCCGCCUCGUCGAUCUGAUCCUGAUGUGUGACUUUGUGUCCUACUGCCUCUUCGCUCUUGUCUGCGCCCACGUGCCCGAGGGUGAAACCCCCUUGGUCUUCCUGUGUCGCUGGGCUGUAGGCGUCGCGCUGUUCGUGUUCAACGUCUGGGUCAAGCUUGAUGCCCACCGAGUAGUGAAGGACUACGCCUGGUACUGGGGUGACUUCUUCUACCUCGUCGACCAGGAGCUGACCUUUGACGGCGUCUUUGAGAUGGCGCCUCAUCCCAUGUACAGCAUUGGCUAUGCCGGAUACUAUGGUAUCUCUGCCAUGGCUGCCAGCUAUGAGGUCUUGUUCAUCUCGAUUGCGGCGCACCUGGCCCAGCUUGCCUUUCUGGUUGUGGUCGAAAACCCGCAUAUCGACAAGACUUACAACCCCCCGGCCCCAAGGUCCAAGUCAGAUUCAGAGCAGGACAUCCCGGCCGAGCCUGUUGAUGAAGCGUCUAGAGAGGCACUGGCACCUGUGCACAACCUCCUUGGCCUCCGGAACAUUGAUCUCCUUCGCUCCACGGACUACUCCGUCAUCCUGGCUUCCAUGUAUGUGGCGCUGCUGGCGAUUAUCACCCCCUCAACUCCAUUCUACCAGGCGCUGUUCUUCCUGCACGCCCUCUUGUGGAAGCUGUGGUUCUGUGUUGGAAUCGGCAUCCUCUUGACUCUGCAAUCAAAGGAGAGGAUGAUCACGCGUCACUUCGUCAAGUAUGGAGAGAGCGCCGGAGAGGCUUGGCGCCAGUGGAAGGGUUUGUACCACUUCAGUAUGACACUGUCCGUGGCGUCGUUUUGCGCAGUCUGCUGGAAGAUAUACAGCCUCCCAGAGGACUGGGCGCACGGCUGGGUUCUUUUGAGGCAUGUCAUCGGCGUCAGUCUCAUCGCCUUGCAGAUCUGGACGUUCGUCAGUGUCUAUGACUCCCUGGGCGAGUUUGGCUGGUUCUACGGCGACUUCUUCUUUGACCACAAGGCGAAGUUGACCUACAACUCCAUCUACCGGUUCCUGAACAACCCGGAGCGCAUAAUCGGACUGGCGGGUCUAUGGGGCGCGGCGGUGAUUACAUGGAGCAGGUCCAUUGCGUUGUUCGCGCUCCUAAGUCAAAUCCUUACCAUGGGCCACAUCGAAUUCGUCGAGAGACCACACAUGCACAAGGUGUAUGGGUCUGGGAAUCUCCGAGAGGAGGCGGGUCUCACUAAGUUUAUCAAGAACUCCCUUCCUCCUCCAGUCAAGGGCUGGUCUUCCAGCGUGGACAAAGUCCUGGACGAGACUAGGCACUUCGUCGACGAUGUCAUCACCACUGCAGGCCCGAUGCUUGCGAGUGGCGUGUCUAGCAUCGCUCGCGACACCACAGCGCUGUUCAACAAGUACCCAGCUCGGCUAACCAUCACGCGGAUCCCUCCUGACUUGGCUGGCCUCAAUCCCAAGGACUACUCGCUAAGCCUCACUGGCACCUCCACCGUGUCCCCUGUCAGCGAGAGGGCAACCGGAAAAGAGAGUCUCACGGCCCGCGUGGACAAGGACUUCAAGACACAUGUAUUUGAGUAUGGUGCUCCCAUCCGCGUCAAGUGGACGGCGCCCGCGAACCACAGCAAGAAGGACUGGGUUGGGCUCUACAUGGUCACCGACAAUCGAUCUCGGGAAAAGACUGAAGUACCGUCUUUGGGCCGCUGGAUUCCGACAACCCCGGAAUUCUACGGUGAGUCCUACAGCACCGGCGUGGUUAAAUCGGACGAGCCAGUGCCCAACUCGGACAUGGUCUCGGGAGAGAUGGUGUUCGAAGGCGACAAGCUCUGGUGGACCCAAGGUGUGUUCGAGUUCCGCUACCACCACGAUGGCUCGCACCAGGUCAUGUCGGUCAGCGAGCCGUUCGAGGUAGGCAUCGGCCGCUUCGAGGAGGAAGACGAGCAGGCGAUCGAAGCGGCACUCCUCCCCGUCGUGCGCAACUGCUUGGACCGUGACAACGACAUCGCGCCCAGCACGGUCGACGAGCGGUUCGGCAGCCACGUGGAGAGGGACAGCAAAUAUGCAAAGCGGGUGGUGUAUGCGAUCCGCAACAUGUUCGGCAUCGAGUUCGCGCCGGCGGUUGUGCCUGCGGAUGGGAACGUGAGGAGGCUGGCCUGGCGGGUUUGUAAUGCAAGGCAGGUUCUGGCACCUUACUCCAUGUCUUCCCACUCCAACGGGCCAUCCACGCCCACGACGGACAAGUUUCCUGAGGAGUAG